AUGCUUCAAUAAUCAUAACCCAUUCAUCACUCGGUCAUUAAAUUUGAUGAUGAUGAUGUGCCAUUGAUGUUUGAAGUCUUGCCUUUCGAAGGAAGAGGAGACUAUACUUAUGAGGAAUUUCAAUAACUCUAAGAGCGGAUAGUUUCACAUUAAUAGAUGAUGGAAAAUUACAAAGUAAAUACUUGGGAAACUAUGCAUUAUUAUGAAACAGUUACUGUUGAUAAGUGUAAAUCAGCAUUCUUGGAUAAUAAUGAGGAGUACCAAGGUAUGAUAACCAUGAUUGAGAUGUUUAAUGCAGAAGUAACUGUCUUCAGUUCAUCAGGUCUUAAAUGCCUAGCAAAGGAAUGCAAGAAUACGUAAUGGAAUGUGGAGACUAUAGUUUUUUCGUUCUCUUGCCAGCAUAAUCAGAGAGAUAUCAUUUUUCACUCGUAAUAGAGAGUUACAGGCUAAAUUCAUAAAAAGAUGUUACAAUUGGGCAUUGGAAACAAUAACCAAAGUUGAUUAUCAAAGUCGUAAACUCGACAGUGAUUCGGCACCCACUCGACCACCAACAGGAUAAACUAAGAGACCAUAUAGUAGUGUAACUUAAGCUAAAAGACCUCAGAGUGCUCUAACAAUCAAAAGUAUGCGACCAUAAUCUGGAUAUCCAACUACAGUGAUAGAUGGAUAUGCAGAAACCACUAUUGAAUAAACUCAUCCAGAUAGACCUGACUCUGGUGUUACUGGUACUAUUCGUAUUGAUUAAAUGGUAUUUAAUUUAUUUAAAAUAUAUUAAAGAAGGAAUCUCAAUACAGCAAAGGAACUUUACUCCCAGGAGACAUAAUUUAAGAUUAAUUACAUGACUAUUAAAAUGGAUUUAGAACAAAGCACGAUUCAAUGCCUCCUCCAGACCAAAGAUUAACAAAUUACAAAAGAAGGAUCAUCUAGAAUUUUUAAGCACCCAGACCUUUAAGUGCAGUGGAUAAUACUGAUAAAAUUAAGAUGAAAUCAACUUUUCCAAAACCAAUAAAAUCAGCCAAACCUAAAGCCAUAGUUGAAGAGAAAGACGAAGAAGUAUUUCAAGGAGAUCUAGUAGAGAACAAUGAGGAAGUGUUAUUAAAUGAAGAAGAUUUGGCUGCUAGAUAAGCUGAGAAUGAGGCCAAAUUGAUCAUUUAAGAAGAGGAAGCUAAAAAGAAAGAAAGGACACUUGAACCAUAGAUAAAAGUGUUUCUUAAUGAUGAAUAAGUAGAAAACAAUUAGAAACCUAGAAACCUUGAUUUCGAAACCAGAGAUGGUUUUCAAUAGUAUUAAAAUUCUAAUCAACCUGAUGAAUUGAAUGUUUAGAAGAAAUACUAGAAACUUAGAAAUAAAGAGGCCCAGCAAAAAAGAGAGGAUGAAGAACUAGUUGCUAUGAUGCAUCAAUGGUCCUCCAAUAAGGCCAGGGUUGAGAGGGAAAUGAAUAGGAGAAUAGAGAGUGCCACUUAUGGUAAUAGAUUCAGAGAGUUGGAAAUGAAGGAAAGACAAAAUAAGGAGAAGGAUUACAAGGAGUUAGAUAAAGUAAACUUAUAUCUCUAUAUGUAUAGAUCCAAAAGAAUCAUCAAUUAAGUUUGAGUAAGAAUAAACCAAAAUGGGAUGAUGAUUUAAGUGAUUUAUCAGAUGAAGAAGAAGAGGAAAUGAUUUAAAACAAUAUCGAGAUAGAUGGAUAAACAGGAUUGAUUGAUGAUGAUGGAUAGAAACGAUAACCUAAAAGAGUACGUCCUUAAACUUGUCAACCUCGAAAUUUGAAUGAUAAACUACCUAAUUACUAAAAAGACCCUAAAUUCAUGAAUAAUACUGAUUUUAGAGGGCUUGAGUCCCAGAUAUCAAAGCAUAAUAUAAACAAAGUCAAAAAGCUUCAUGGCAAUAUCAUAGGAUUAUAGGAAGAAGAUGAAGCAAAUCGUCUCAAACCUGAGUAGAGUAUGUCUAUCUAUGGAAAACAAUUACCCUUAACUCAGCAAUAAAAGAGACCUUUGUCUGCAAUAUUGGCUGCAUAACCCUUGGAUUAAGUGCGUUAUGAUUAAUUAUAAGUAAUUAUUGUUUUGAAUGAUAAGGAAAUAGAAGAGAUCAAAUUGAGAUUGGCUAAGAAGGGAGUUGCUGUUCCAGUUUAAAAAUUAGUCAAUGCAUUAUUGAUUCCAGAUCCAAUAAAUCUAAAGGAUCCUGAAGGAAACUCAUUGCCGCCACCUGGAUUUGGAAUGAAAGUUGAUCCAUUUGCUAAGAAAAAAAAGUCAAAAAAAAAAAAGAAAAGCAAGAAAUGA